AUGAACUUCUCUGAGGUCUUUAAGCAAUCCAACCAGCUUUGUAAAGUUUCCCCAAAUGGAAAGUACUUGGCUACCUGUGUACAAUACCGGCUAGUGGUGCGAGAUGUGAGCACCUUGCAGAUUCUGCAGCUCUACACUUGUUUGGACCAAAUAUCCCACAUGGACUGGUCCUCUGACUCUCUAUUUGUACUCUGCGCAAUGUACAAGAGGGGCCUUGUACAGGUGUGGUCACUCGAACAGCCGGACUGGCACUGCAAGAUUGACGAGGGCUCGAUCGGACUGGUCUCUUCUCGCUGGAGUCCAGAUGGACGUCACAUUCUCAACACCACGGAGUUCCAUCUGAGAGUUACGGUGUGGUCCUUGUGCACCAAAGCUGUGUCUUACAUCAAAUAUCCCAAAGCGUGUCAGAAGGGUAUAGACUUCAGCAGAGAUGGGUGCUAUAUGGCCUUGGCUGAACGUCGUGACUGCAAAGACUAUAUUAGUAUAUUUGUUUGUGAUGACUGGCAUUUACUCAGGCAUUUUGAGACUGAAACGCAGGACCUCGCAGGACUGGAGUGGUCUCCCAACGGCUGUGUGCUGGCAGUGUGGGACAGCUGUCUAGAGUACAAGGUUUUGCUGUACUCUCUGGAUGGCCGGCUGCUGUCAACCUACAGUGCUUAUGAGUGGUCACUGGGUGUGAAGACUGUGUCCUGGAGCCCCAGCAGCCAGUUCCUGGCUAUUGGCAGCUAUGAUGAGAAAGUGCGUAUUCUUAACCAUAUUACAUGGAGGAAAAUUGUCCAGUUUGAACACCCUGCAACCAUAGACAACACAAAAGCUACUGUGUAUAAGGAAGUGGAAAGACGGCCGGCUGUGCCCAGUGAUGAACUGUCGCUGCACGACAUUACAAUGGGCUCUACGCUUUUCAACACCCAGAGCAAAUAUGAGAUCGCUGCUCUGCCUGUUCAAGUUCCUGUGGUCAAACCAGAACCAGACAGAGCUAAUCCCAAGAUAGGCGUCUGUGUUUUAGCAUUCAGCUCAGACAGUCACUAUCUCGCUACCAAAAAUGACAGCAUGGCCACUGCUGUGUGGGUGUGGAACAUGCAGAAGAUGAGCUUGGAGGCUGUGCUGGAGCAGACCUCAGCUGUACGCUGCUUUCAGUGGGACCCCCGGCGCCCCCGGCUGGCUCUGUGCACGGGCAACAGCAAACUCUACCUCUGGUCCCCGGGAGGGUGUGUUUCUGUUCAAGUCCCAGCUGAAGAUGGUUUUCAAGUCCAGUCUCUGAUGUGGCACUGCAGUGGAGACUCCCUGAUCCUGUUUGGAAAGGAGCACCUUUGUUUGUGCUACAUGGAUACUGAUCAGGAAGAAAAAUAA